UUGCAGCACAUACUUGCGUAGGCGAAUUUUGCACUGCAAAGUAACGGAACCAUCACAGUUCAAACGAGGCAGUUGGUGUAGACCGUCGCUUUUAGGGUUGUCUUGCGUUGCUCUCUCACUUGAAACUGUUCCGUGAUGGAGAGCAACGAGAUUCUAGAGGAGCUUCUCAACAUCGAGGUCGAGAUUCAAGAUGUUCAAGAACAAAUAAGGGCGUUAAUUGAGAGACAAGAGAAUCUGUACGAGAGAAAAUCGGAGCUGAGUGCUAUUUUAGAGGCGUGUAAGGAAUCUGGAAACGAGGCCAGUAAUGUGGCUUCAAGCGCCGUGGAAGAUUGGAGUGGGACAUUUGAAUGGGAUUCUGAAGCAGAUGAUGUUAGGUUGAAUGUUUUUGGCAUUUCAUCUUACCGUGCAAAUCAAAGAGAGAUAAUUAACGCCAUUAUGAGUGGAAGAGACGUUCUGGUUAUUAUGGCUGCAGGUGGUGGCAAGAGUCUCUGCUACCAGCUUCCUGCUGUUCUUCGUGAAGGAAUUGCUCUAGUUGUCAGUCCUUUGCUUUCCUUAAUUCAAGAUCAGGUAAUGGGUUUGACUGCACUGGGCAUUCCUGCGUAUAUGUUGACUUCAACAAAUAAGGGAGAUGAGAAGUUCAUAUACAAGGCUUUGGAGAAGGGAGAGGGGGACCUCAAAGUAUUGUACGUCACCCCAGAAAAGAUAUCAAAAAGCAAGAGGUUUAUGUCAAAACUUGAAAAAUGUCAUCAUGCCGGUCGUCUCUCUCUAAUUUCAAUUGAUGAAGCACAUUGCUGUAGUCAGUGGGGCCACGACUUUCGACCUGACUACAAGAGCCUCGGUAUUCUCAAGACACAGUUUCCUAAUGUUCCUAUGGUGGCUUUGACUGCAACUGCUACUCAGAGGGUCCAAAACGAUCUGACAGAGAUGUUGCAUAUUCCUAGAUGUGUCAAAUUUGUCAGCACAGUCAAUAGGCCAAAUUUGUUUUAUAUGGUAAAGGAAAAGUCAUCAGUUGGGAAGGUAGUCAUUGAUGAAAUUGCACAGUUCAUUCAAGAAUCUUAUCCGAAUAAUGAAUCAGGGAUUGUUUAUUGCUUCUCUAGGAAGGAAUGUGAACAGGUUGCGAAGGAGUUGAGGGAGAGAAGAAUUUCAGCUGAUUAUUAUCAUGCAGAUAUGGAUGUAAAUGCUCGGGAAAAAGUUCACAUGCGGUGGAGCAAUAACAAGCUGCAGGUCAUAGUUGGCACAGUAGCUUUUGGUAUGGGAAUCAAUAAACCAGAUGUCAGGUUUGUCAUCCAUCAUAGCUUGAGUAAAUCAAUGGAAACAUACUACCAGGAAAGUGGACGAGCUGGCCGAGAUGGACUUCCUUCAGAAUGCCUACUGUACUUUAGGCCUGGUGAUGUUCCACGGCAGAGUUCAAUGGUCUUCUAUGAAAAUACGGGGCUGCAGAAUCUCUAUGACAUAGUACGAUAUUGUCAGUCCAAAAGACAAUGUCGACGAAGUGCCUUUUUCCGGCAUUUUGCUGAGCCACUUCAAGAGUGCAAUGGGCUGUGUGACAUCUGUGCAUUAUCAAGAGAGGUGAAAGAAGUGGAUGUCUCUGAUCUUGCAAAACUGAUGGUUUCAUUCAUGCAAAAUAUGCAAGCAAAUGAUCAGAGGUCAACAAUGUUGCAAUUAGUUGAUAAAAUGAAAAUAAAACAGAAGGAACUAGGUUCUGAAUUGAAGCGAGAGGAAAUUGAGCAGCUCAUCUUACACCUUUUAUUGGGGCGGUUUUUGGUAAUUCGUUGUUCCUUCAUCACUGAAAGUUAUAAACUUGCACUUAAAAUUAGCUAUGCAUAUUGUAGACAAGGCAAGACAACCUCAUUACAUUUAGGAGUAAAAAUGGAAGAGCAAACACUAUGUAGAAUAUUAACAUAUAUGAUGACUCUGAUUGAGUUUUGUGAUUUAUCUUUUCAUCUACUUUUGAGGCUAAAAUGUAUGAUAUAUAUCAACGUCCUUUUGUUUCGCUAAAAUGUUUGAUCGUUGUCCUCGUCCAUUUGUUAGUUUGUUGUUCUGUUACGGUACCAACAGAACCGAGCUGUGGAAGUCGUUGUGGGUGAUAAACUUAUUGUCUAUACGAGACAAAAUCAAUCCCACUUUCUUUGCAACAUUUGAAAAGCACCUGUCUUAACUUUCUGUUCUGCAGUGAAACUGCACAUAUUUUUCCAUGAUUCGCGCUAAACAGCUAGAGUAAUCUUCAUUUCAAUUAGUUCCUUAGAUAAAGUGCGAUUUAUUUGAAGAAUGGAUUUAUCUCAGUCCUCAAACACUCAACUGUGACCCGGAUGAAUCCAUUCAAGUCAAAGACAAUUAAAAAUUCUUUAGAAUUGCCUCAGUGAACAAAGAGUUUUUGCUUUUCGUUAACAUCUACAGACAUGGAACCAGUUUCGCAAU